AAAAGAGAGGCAGAGACUCGGGAAUUAGAGGGGAGGGGAAAAGUUGGACACCCACUCUCGCCGUGACUUUUCCUCCUCUUCCCUUUCUCCGUGGAGGACGCCUCAAGACAAAAGAAAAGUCGCUUCAAGGAUCCAACCAAACACUGGAUUACUUUGGAUUUACAUCAGAUUUUGAUAUGCAAACGGUUCUUGUCGGAUUCAUGUCAUAACAAGUUUGUGGAUUUAAUCCCAAAUUCAAGGUGGUGGCUGAGGUGAGGCGAGGUGCACGAAAGCAUGUGGCUUCUUGGUUCCUGCCUGACUCUGCUGGCCAUCGGCCUCGGAUCAUGUGCAACGCUUCCAUCAGAUCAAGAUGCUCCGUGCCCGGCUUUACAAGUGGAAGAAUGGAAGUUUCCACAUUCGCCUCGGGAUAACAUCACAGGCUUUGAUUUGGUGAGGCGGUUCUCCCUCCUCAAGAAUCAAGAUGUCAAGAAAAUCCGCAACCCUCGCGGGCCCGUCAUCCUCCGCUUGGGCAAGACUCCUCUCAUCCGUCCCACCGAUGAGGUGUUUCCCGAUGGCCUUCCUGAGGAGUUCACUCUCAUAUUCACCUUGACAUUAAAGAAGGCUGCCCUGAGGGACACCACCUACCUCCUCCAGAUAUCUGAUGAGCAGGGAUACCCUCAGCUCUCGGUAGACCUCAACGGCCAAGACGGCACCCUGUCGCUGAGAGCGAGACGGGCGGACGUCCCAGACGACCUGGUGAGCUGUGUAUUCGCUAACGAGGCUGUGGAAACUCUGCUGGACUUACGCUGGCACAAGGUGGCCCUGAGCGUGCGGCGGGAUUCCGUCUCGCUCCUCGUGGACUGCAACCCCAUGGAGACACAGCCCCUGGAGCCCCGUGGCGCAAUGUCCACUGAUGGGCAUACGCUGCUGGCCAUUCGAGCUACGGACGCUGGGCCUGUACAGAUGGACGUUCAGCAGGUGGCGCUCUAUUGCGACCCAUCCCUAGCCGACCAGGAGACCUGCUGUGAAAUACCAGGAGCUCGAUGCCCACCGGAUGCCUCCAAGAGUCGACGCGCCGCAGAGAAUGACUUGGACAACACAUUUAGCCAGGAAAUCCUCUCAUCCAAAGACCUGUCACAGAAACUUAUAAAUCUUGCCCGAGUUUCUGGGAUCAAAGGGGAAAAAGGCAACCGGGGUGAUGACUGUUCUGGCAUUCAUUCAAGUCCGUGUGCGGCGGGGACCAAGGGAGAGAAGGGAGAGAAAGGAGAUAUGGCGCUGCCUGCCAACUGGGGCGAAGCAGUUGCAUUCAAGGAACUGAAAGGUCAGAAGGGUGACAUUGGUCCACAGGGUCUCACGGGCACUCCAGGAAAGGAUGGUCGAGCGGGCUCCAUCUGUGUCGUCGGCCCCAAGGGACAGAAGGGUACCUCAGGAUUUGUGGGUCCUGAAGGCUUGGCUGGGGAGCCGGGCUUGCCCGGACCUCCAGGACCACCUGGAGUCGGAAAGCCAGGUCCAGCUGGUCCUCCUGGUCAGCCCGGCGGUGCAAAAGGCGACAUGGGUGAACCUGGACCUCAGGGUGCCGACGGAUUUCCCGGAGAUCCCGGGCCAAGAGGACCAGCGGGGCACAAAGGAGAAAAGGGAGACCCAUGCGAAGUGUGCCCCGCGCUGCCCGACGAUGUCGGCAACACGGUGGCUUUGCAAGGGAUGAGGGGCUCGAAAGGAGAGCCCGGAUUGCCAGGAAUUGGAGAGAGAGGACCACCUGGUCUUCAAGGUGUGGCUGGAACGGGCGGACAGAAGGGAGAAGCAGGAUCAGAUGGUGUUAAAGGGGAAAAGGGUGAGCCCUGUUCGGUGUGCCCCACCUUGAGCGAGUUAGCCCCAAACCUCGGGACUCAAACUCUGCAAGUCAAAGGCCAAAAAGGAGAACAAGGACACGCUGGAAAUGUAGGACCACCUGGCCCACGAGGAGAGAAGGGUAACUCAGGGAGAAGAGGAGCUGAUGGUAAACCGGGAAAACUUGGAGCUAAAGGAUCUGCCGGCAAGGAUGGAGUCAAGGGUGAAAAGGGAGAGAUCGGACUGCCUGGUCUAAGUCUUCCUGGCCAGAAAGGGGAACCGGUAAGAAAAGACAUCGGGACCGUGUCUUUAUGUCCAUCAAAUUAACCUUCUUUCACCUCUGCCCUUCU